UGGAGCUGGGAACCAAGCAAACGCCUGACCCUCCUCUUCUUCCUUACCGUCUUUGCGACUGGGGUUCCAAGGGAAGAUUCUAAAGGUUUCAGGAAGGACCAGGACCCUUUUUUCCUAGAAGACUGGUGAUGGAUCUUCUGCUUCUGUCCCGGCAGGAGCACUUGGAGCGCGCGGGUGGUGCAUGAGCCGGGAAUUACCCUCCACCGCGCUCAACCAGUCGCUCCUGGCAGCUUUUCCCUAGCUGCCUUACUUUCCCAGCCUAAAGCCUCCAACAUUCCAGGAGGGAGAGAGAAGGUGGCCCUCGGGCACAGCCUCUCCGAGAUGUCCGCCCAGAGCCUGCUCCACAGCGUCUUUUCCUGCUCUUCACCCGCCUCGGGCGGUGCGGCCUCAGCCAAGGGCUUCUCCAAGAGGAAGCUGCGCCAGACCCGCAGCCUGGACCCAGCCUUGAUCGGCAGCUGUGGGGGCGAAACGGUCACAGAGGGCGUUACGCAGGGGUCGACAGCAGGCCGCCUUUACUCUCCACAACCCCUAGCGGAGGGUCUCUGCCCCCGCUCGGCAUCUUCUUCCAGGAGUCAACCAUCCCGGGCCACCCGGCUACCUCAACCCAGACCUCUUUGCUCGUCCUUCUCCAUGCCCAGCACCCCGCAGGAGAAGUCGCCUUCGGGCAGCUUCCACUUUGACUACGAGGUCCCCUUGGGUCGCGGUGGUCUCAAGAAAAGCAUGGCCUGGGACUUGCCUUCUGUCCUGGCUGGGCCAGUCAGCAGCCGCAGCUCUGUGAACAUCCUCUGCUCCUCUGCGGGAGGCCCCAAUGGCAUCUUCGCUUCUCCCAGGAGGUGGCUUCAGCAGAGGAAGUUCCAGUCCCCACCCAACAGUCACGGCCACCCCUACAUCGUGUGGAAGUCUGAGGGUGAUUUCACCUGGAACAGCAUGUCAGGUCGCAGCGUGCGGCUGAGGUCAGUCCCCAUCCAGAGUCUUUCGGAGCUGGAACGGGCUCGACUGCAGGAAGUGGCUUUUUAUCAGUUGCAGCAGGACUGUGACCUGAGCUGUCAGAUCACCAUUCCCAAAGAUGGACAAAAGAGAAAGAAAUCUUUGAGAAAGAAACUGGAUUCACUAGGAAAGGAGAAAAACAAAGACAGAGAAUUCAUCCCACAAGCAUUUGGAAUGCCCUUAUCCCAAGUCAUUGCUAACGACCGGGCCUACAAACUCAAGCAGGAUUCUCAGAGGGAUGAGCAGAAGGAUGCGUCCGAUUUUGUGGCUUCCCUCCUCCCAUUUGGAAAUAAAAGACAAAACAAAGAACUCUCAAGCAGUAACUCAUCUCUCAGCUCAACCUCAGAAACACCAAAUGAGUCAACAUCCCCAAACACCCCGGAACCAGCUCCUCGGGCCAGGAGGAGGGGUGCCAUGUCAGUGGACUCGAUUACUGAUCUGGAUGACAACCAAUCUCGACUACUAGAAGCAUUACAACUCUCCUUGCCUGCUGAGGCUCAAAAUAAGAAAGAAAAAGCCAGAGAUAAGAAACUCAGUCUGAAUCCUAUUUACAGACAGGUUCCAAGGCUGGUGGACAGCUGUUGUCAGCAUCUGGAAAAACAUGGCCUCCAGACAGUGGGGAUAUUCCGAGUUGGAAGCUCAAAAAAGAGAGUGAGACAAUUACGUGAGGAAUUCGACCGUGGGAUUGAUGUCUCUCUGGAAGAGGAGCACAGUGUCCAUGAUGUAGCAGCCUUGUUGAAGGAGUUCUUAAGGGACAUGCCAGAUCCCCUUCUUACUAGGGAGCUGUACACAGCUUUCAUCAACACUCUCUUGUUGGAACCAGAGGAACAACUGGGCACCUUGCAGCUCCUCAUCUACCUUCUACCUCCCUGCAACUGCGACACCCUCCACCGCCUCCUACAGUUCCUCUCCAUCGUGGCCAGGCAUGCUGAUGACAAUGUCAGCAAAGAUGGGCAAGAGGUCACUGGGAACAAAAUGACAUCUCUAAACUUGGCCACCAUAUUUGGGCCCAACCUGUUACACAAACAGAAAUCAUCGGACAAAGAAUUCUCAGUCCAGAGCUCAGCCAGAGCUGAAGAGAGCACUGCUAUCAUUGCUGUGGUGCAGAAGAUGAUUGAAAAUUAUGAAGCCCUGUUCAUGGUUCCCCCAGAUCUCCAGAAUGAAGUGCUGAUCAGCCUGUUAGAGACGGAUCCUGAUGUCGUGGACUAUUUACUCAGAAGGAAGGCUUCCCAAUCAUCAAGCCCUGACAUGCUGCAGUCGGAAGUUUCCUUUUCCAUGGGAGGGAGGCAUUCAUCUACAGACUCCAACAAGGCCUCCAGUGGAGACAUCUCCCCUUAUGACAACAACUCCCCAGUGCUGUCCGAGCGCUCCCCGCUGGCUAUGCAAGAGGACAGGGCCCCGGGCGGCUUGGAGAAGCUUUACAAAGUGCCAGAACAGUACAUGCUGGUGGGCCACUUGCCGUUGUCAAAGUCAAAGUCAAGGGAAAGUUCUCCUGGACCAAGGCUUGGAAAAGAUAUGUCAGAGGAGCCUUUCAAUAUCUGGGGAACUUGGCAUUCAACAUUAAAAAGUGGAUCCAAAGACCCAGGAAUGACAGGUUCCUAUGGUGACAUUUUCGAAAGCAGCUCCCUCCGACCGGGGCCCUGUUCCCUGUCCCAAGGGAACCUGUCCGCGAACUGGCCUCGGUGGCAGGGGAGCCCCUUGGAGAUGGAUGGCGGCCCUCUGGUCCCGCGGAGGACUCAGCCCGCUUCAGCUGCGGUGCCGCGCGUCUGCAGCACUCCGCACAUCCAGGGCGGUGGCGGCGUGGCCCGGAGGCCGGCGGCCAGGUCCGAGCCCUACUUGAGCCUGAGCGGCGCGGCCGAAGCGACCGAGGCCGAGCUGGACGGGGCCUGGCCGCAGAGACCCCGAGAGAGCGGCAGGGAAGACCGGAGGCCCCCGCCUCCUUACCCAGGGCCGGGUCAGCCCGCCGCGCCCGCCCCGCAGCCCACGGAGCCGCCCUUGUGGAGGCGCCAGAGGCCGGAAGCGGGCUCGGGAACCGCCUCGCCCGAGGGAGGCCCACCCGCCCAGGCGCAGCCCGGAGCGGCGCACAGCAAGCGCAGCGGCGCCUACUCCCUCCAGGUCAGCGCCGGCCAGCAGGACGCUCAGGACUUGGGGGAGGCCAGCUGGCUCGACUGGCAGCGAGAGCGGUGGCAGAUCUGGGAGCUUCUGUCCGCCGACAACCCCGACGCCCUUCCGGAAACGCUGGUAUGAGCCCAGGCCGCCGAGCCGCCCGCCCGCCCUCUCCAGCCCGCAGCGCAGCUCAGCGCACCAGGAAAGUUGUGCUGGACAAUUGACACACUUCCUUUCCUUCUUUCACACUUUAAAAAAGCAACACAAGAGAAACUCAGUCCACAGACAGAUGUAGAGCACUCAAACCCUCGCCAUUGAUCAUAGGGUUCUAUUGCAUAGCCAGCCUUAGGAAAAAGCAAAACAGAUGACAAUAUCCAAUCCAUAAACUGCCCACGUUGGCUCUGUAUACGAUCAAACUCUUGCUUCGGUAUUGCUUAAUUGUAUUUAUGUGUCUUCAGUUUUGACUAUUGUAUAUUCUGUAACAAAUCUAUGUAUGAUAAUCAAUAUGAUAUUCACAGAGCAAACAGAAGGAACAAUUUUAAGUCACUUCACAUAUAUUACACCAUGAGACAUAUUAAGCAAUGAGACUCUAUAGAGUGUUCUAGAAUAGCACAAGCGGGUUUCUGUGCUUCUGCCAUACCUUUUAACUGGGGACAGUCCUUCUUUCAAAGCCUAAGAAAACACUAACAAAACAAAACAGUAUGAGAAGCCAUAUUUUUAUAUAGUAGUGAGGUACAAAAAUUAUAGUCACUGAAUGCUUUUUCAUAUUGAAUAAGUUUUAAGGAAAGUAUUAAAUUUGAUACAUUAUGAAAUAUAUUUUUAGAACCUGUUUAGAAAGGAUACAGUUAAUCAAAUGAGAGGAAGGCCAUGCCUAACAAAGAGUAAUUAAGAAGUUGUCCAUCCCAUUUUAGGUCAAAUUCAAUUUUAUAUAGACCAUGUAAUAUAUAUUUAUAAUGUAUAAUUUUUAUGUAUUUUUCAAAACGACAAACUGGAAUCCAACUAUUAAGUGUUUAAGAAUCAAAAUAGAACAUUCAAAUUAUAGAAUGUGGUUUUCCCCUUUGCCCAUAAUCAGUAUUAAUCAAAUUACACGCAAUUCUUUGUAAAGUUAAUCAUAUUUGGGGAGGAAAAAAACUACAGCUUUGUACUUAAUUGUGCCAAAGGCUGAAGAAACAUUUUCUUCUAUAAUUGUGUGUGUAAUGUAAAUGUUCCUGCAGUACUACACUAGUUUGGUUUUUCAACUACAAAACCAUUUUUGACCAGCAGGUGGCAAUUUGCUUCAGUAUUUUCAGAUUUUUUUUUUUUCCACUUCAGAAGGGAAAGUGUAUUAUAGAAUUUUUUUUUUUAUAAAACAUGCUACUCUUAAUUUUCAUGUUGGUGAUGAAAUUUUCAGUGAUGUUUCUUAAAAUUCUAUCUUGUGCCAUGAUGAAUAAAAGUUAAGCAAAAGCUUUGUUCCCUGCCUUUACCCUAAUGAACUCACACCCUUUACAGAAGUAGGCUUCACAAUCCACAAGCUCAAGUGUAAUAAAGAAUGCCAAUUCUAUACUUAUCCAUAGAUAAAAUCUGGUUUAAAACAUAUCAGAUGACUUGGGAACAUCAACUGGGUGACAUCAAAGCAUUUAGAUAUAUGUAAUUAUCUGUUGCAAGUAAAGAUUGAUUUCCUUAAUUGUCAGCAAGAAAAUGGGUUUUCUACAUAACUAAAACUUAGGUUUCCCACCUUCUAGGCUGGUGUCACCCAACACAAUCUUUGUAAGUUGCAUCUGUUCUUUAAACUUUAGAUGAAUAAUUUGCUUCAGGGCUAAAGUAAUAAACUCUAGAAAUGGCAUGUCAUGUUUCACAUUUGGGGACUGGUUGAGCUAUCUUCAGGUUAUGCCUUUGGGACAGUACUUCUGCCACUGGCUCAGACUCUGCAAAAAUUUGCCUGUGGACCUUGGCUCUUCCCAGGUUGCCCACACACAGUCAAAUGUAAACAAGACCUACAGCAAAUGCUAAUUGAUUUUGGAUCUCAGGUGACUUUUCUGUGCCAGCAACUUGCAUCCUACUCCUGUGUUUUCUUGCUUUGAACUUGACCAUGGUCUGACCAGUUCUUUCCCUCCUUCAUGAACAGGACUACCUGGUAUAUGGAACCACCUUCCCAUCACAUGGUUGCCAUUUUAGUCCUAUUUUUAAAAACUUUCUGAUCAAAUGGCCCUGAGGUUAAUGCCUGUGGGGGGGAAAAAGCAGUGGAAAGUACAACUGUUAUAGUCUUAUCUAAAAUAGGCAGUGCAGAAAAGAGCUCAGAAAAUCUUUUGUGUAUCUCAAUAUUCAUUUUCCCUUUCUGUGUGCAUAUCAGCCCUGUGACUGUAUCUUUCUUUAGUGUAGUAAGUGAAAACUUGGUUCUUAGAUGCCUUUAUCACAUCAAAAUAAGCUGUUUUAAAAUACAUAUAUGAGACCUAAAGACCUAAGUGGGAAACUGAGGUUAUUCCUAACAUGUGAUAUAAUACCAUAUAAAAUUAAAAAAAAAAAAACUCUU